GAUCUCUUUCUGAUUGGUGAUUGGCUCAACCUCACCCUCCUGCCACUGGGGUACUCUGCUCCUUCAGCGUGCGUUAUCAGUGAAAAUGGCGAGCUGGUGUGUACGAGCUGUAAAACAGAGCUAUUCUGUUGUAGUAUCAUCUCCUGCAAUAAUAAGGGCAUCCCCACGGCUCCUAUGCACAGCAGCCCAGCAGAAAAGCGGCCAGGGCUCGGAGGAGGACCAGAAUGCUGAGCAGAGCGCAGCAGAGAAGGUCCUUGCUGAGGAGAAGGGCCAGCUGGAGGAGCAGCUCAAAGAGGUUACAGACAAGUACAAGCGGGCCCUGGCAGACACGGAGAACCUGAGGACGAGGAGUCAAAAGAUGGUGGAAGACACAAAGUUGUAUGGAAUCCAAGGGUUCUGCAAAGACCUGCUGGAGGUGGCGGACAUCUUGGAGAAGGCGACGGAGAGCGUGCCCAGUGAGGAGGUGUCCUCUCAGAAGAACCCCCACCUGAAGAACCUGUACGACGGCCUGGUGAUGACAGAUAAACAGAUCCAGAAGGUAUUCACCAAGCACGGCCUGGUCAAGCUCAACCCAGACGGAGGGCAGAAGUUCGACCCCUAUGAGCACGAGGCUCUAUUUCACUCCCCUGUGGAGGGUAAAGAGCCCGGCACGGUCGCCAUAGUAACCAAGGUGGGCUACAAACUCCACGGGCGCACCCUCCGGCCGGCACUGGUGGGCGUGGCCAAAGCCCCAUGAUUUAAAAAAAGAUUCAGUAAGACCGUGAUGUCAUUGUUGUUGCCUGGGUGACGGAUCACCUUGGCUACUGCAGGCUGGUCAAAGCACCCAACCCAACUCCCCAAACACCUAACGUUGCCUCCCCAACCACCCAACCCAACUCCCCAACGUUGCCUCAAAGAGGCGGGAAUCCAACUUGAACUAAUAUUAUUACCAUGGAUGACAUCACAGCCUGCAUACCGAUUCUCUACCCUUCUCCCAAAGUGUGCACUUGCUCACUCCCUGUCAUGGAUUAAAAAGCAUUGGAUUGGCUGGAGGGAGUUUAUGGCAUUGUUAAAUCCAUGAUAGGAAGUGUGCAAGUGCAUACUUUGGGGGAAGGAUGUAGAAUUGGGACACAACCCAUGUAUCUGCCAGGUGCAAUUAUAUUUUAGCAGAAGCAACACUUGUGAUGGCACGUAUAGAACAGAACCAGUUUGACAAGUCAUUUCUGUCAUCAGGAUCAGAUUCCAGUCCAUUCUUUGUCCAGUCAUUGUAAUUGUUAUGGAUGGGAGAAUGUAAUGUACCUCAUGAUUAUAUACCAAA